UCCAGCAGUUCAAUCAAUCCCCGAGCGCCUCAAUUACAAGUCACGCACCUUAUUUCUUGCGAUCUGUUUCGAUUACUUUAGCCUUGAAUCCCAGCUUUUUUUAUCAUACAGGAACUCAUCUAGCAAUUGUCAACAGGCUGAAAAGAGAGCGAGAUUCGUGUAUGUGCACGAGAUUGAUCUCGGAGCGAGACGUGUUGCCUAUGUCCGGGGAAACUUCGAUGCUGUCCGGUCUGCGAAAGAACAUGAACUUCAACUGUGGGCGUGACGCAGCACUGCAAUGAGCAGCCGCGGCCAUGCGGACAGGUCUGGUCCCAUGUCCUCUCGGCUCCCCGCCAUGCCCAAGCUGCCGGUCCCGCGCGCGGCGUCCCGGGAGACCGCCGCCGUCCACUUCUCUGCACUGGGGAAGGAGGAAGAGGAGGAGGAAGAGGCUCUGCGCGAGCCGGCUGCCCCCCCUCCCCCCCGUCCUCCUCCUCCUGCGGCCGCGGCGGCGGAGUACGACCCGAGCGUGGUGACCGCGGAGGAGGCCAGCGAGGACCUGUUCGAGGCAGAGGGCGUGAACAGUGCGGGGGCGGGGUCCUCCAGCUCCCCGCCCCCAGCCCCUCCUCCGGCCGCCGGCUCCGCCCACAGCCCCGCCCACUCCGCCUCGGAGCGGAGAGUCCCGCCCCCGCGUCCCCCCCCCAUCUCUGGCUCCUCCCCCUCCAGGUCGACGGCCCCGGCCUCCAGGCCCUUCCUGAGCCUGGUCAAGUCCCUCUCCGUGGACGAGCCUCGGGAGGGCGUGGCGGUCCCGCCCACCACCACGCGUCAGCUGAUGAAGACGCUGGUGAAGUCCCUGUCCACGGAAUCGUCCGGCGCCGACCAGGACCCCUCGAACCCCUCGUCCUCCUCCUCCUCCUCCUUCUCCUCUUCCUCCCGGAUCCCCGACUCGCUCCUGGGGCUGCAGCUCUUCCGCCAGUUCACCCAGCCGCGCGCGGCGGCGCUGGCGGCGGCGGCGGCGGCGGCGGCCGGCACCGUCGCCGGGGGCGACUCCAAGACGGCCCCCUCCUCCCCGGCGGCCUCCCCGGACAGCCGGUCCUUCUUCAUGGUGCAGGAGGUGGAGGCGCGGCUGGAGGACACCCGCCGCCGGCUUUCGGAGGCGAUGUACGAGCCCCUGCAGCGCCUCAGCAAGAUCAUGGGGGACGAGGGCGGGGGCGCCCGCCUGAAGGGGCUGUCCUCCAGCGCCACGGAGCUCACCAGCCUGGCCGGCUUCAACGGCCUGGCCGAGAGCAACAACAACAACUACUGCAUCAAGGAGGAGGAGGGCCUGGACUGGGAGGGGGAGAGCCCCACGGGCGGGGCCGGGGCUGGGGCGGGGUCGCCGGGCAGGGCCACGGGCCCCAGGUACCCCUCUCGGGGGCAGGACACGUGGUCCAUGUCGGCUCUGGCCAGGCAGGACGAUGAGGAGUUCGUGGAGCUGUACAGUGACUGCGUGGACGGGGAGGCGGAGCCUGAGCCUGCUGUAGCCAGCGAGCCCCGCCCACCUCAGGAAGAGAGCAGACCGGAGGAGGAAGAGGAAGCGCCUGACGUGCCCUACAUGACCCUAGUAGUCCUGACCUCUCUGCUUUACUGCUGUUUCAUUCUGCCCCUCCCCACCUACCUGGGCGGGGCUCUGCUGGGGGGGGCGCUGGGCUUCAUGCUGGCCAUGCUGUUCGUGUGGCUGGCCGCCCCCCGUCGCUCCGGCAACGGCCCCCAGCGGGCCACCUGCAGCAGCGAGGCGUGGAACGUGGCGCACCUGGACGUCAAGGAACCCGACAUCUUCAAGGGCUGGAUGAACCAGAUCCAGAGCUACGACCCGGAGACGUACCACGCCACCCUCACGCAGUCGGUCUUCGUGCGCCUGGAGGGGUCGUCCCUGCGCCUCUCCAAACCCAACCGGAACAUCGCCCGGCGGGCCACCUUCAACGAGCCCAAGCCCGACGUCAGCUACAUCAGCCAGAAGAUCUACGACCUGACCGACAGCAACAUCUACCUGGUGCCCUCGAACCUGGCCAAGAAACGGGUGUGGAAUAAGAAGUACCCGAUCUGCAUCGAGCUGGGCAAGCUGGAAGACUUCAUGUCCCAGACCCAGAUGAGCAAGGGUGGGGCAGAAGAGGAGUGGACAACGGCGGCGGGGGUUGGGGAGAUGGAGGAGGUGUCUGGGGGGAGCGAGGAGCCCAAGAGGCCCUACGGGACGCCAGAGCGGGGGCGGGCUUCGGCCCCCGGUGGUGAUGGGACCCUGUUCCUCUUUGGACGGACGGGGCGGGAGAAGGAGGAGUGGUUCCGCAGGAUGACUGUGGCGUCCAAGCUGAAAUCGGAGGCCAGGAAGCCCCAGAGCCUGCCAGGGAGCAGGAGCGCCUUCGUUCCCGCCCACAGCCGCAGCAGCAGCCAAUCAGGGGGGCUGUCGCACAGCCGCAGCAGCAGCCGGAGCAGCCUGGACGAGCUGCUGGCGUCGCAGCCCCGCCCCCGCGAGCUCAGCGGCAGCGGCAAGCAGAAGGCGCUGCUGGACUACAGCGUGUACAUGGCCCAGUACGUGCCCGGCCAGCCAGCCACCCCGGCCAGCAGCCCUGUGCACAGCGCUGAGAGCAGCCCGGGGGCCAGCAAGAAGUUGCCUAGCAGCCCCAAGGAAGAGGCGGAGCCGGAUGCCUGGGUCAACGCCUUACUGGGUCGGAUCUUCUGGGACUUCCUGGGGGAGAAGUACUGGGCCGACGUGGUGUCCAAGAAGAUCCAGAUGAAGCUCAGUAAGAUCAGGCUGCCGUACUUCAUGAACGAGCUGACUCUGACCGAGCUGGACAUGGGCGUCGCUGUUCCCAAGAUCCUGCAGGCGUCCAAACCCUCGGUGGACCACCAAGGCCUGUGGUUUGAUCUGGAGAUCUCCUACACCGGAUCCUUUCUGAUGACCCUUCAGACCAAGAUGAACCUGGCGAGGCUCGGGAAGGAGGGGGAGGGGCUUCGAUUCGGCGAGCCGGGCAAAGACGGGUCCAGACCGCGAGUGUACUGCCUGGCCGACAGCGACGAAGAGUCCUCCAGCGCGGGGUCGUCCGACGAAGAGGAGCCGCCUGAGGUUCCCACGGAGAAGAGCUCAUUGCUUGGGGCGGAAGGCUACGCUGGGGGCCACAGGCCCAGCAAGAUCAUGCGCUUCGUGGACAAGAUCGCCAAGUCCAAGUACUUCCAGAAGGCCACGGAGACGGAGUUCAUCAAGAAGAAGAUGGAGGAGGUGUCCAACACCCCGCUGCUGCUGACCGUGGAGGUGCAGGAGUGCCGCGGGACGCUGGCGGUCAACAUCCCCCCACCCCCGACGGACAGGAUUUGGUACGGCUUCAGGAGCCCCCCCCACCUGGAGCUGAAGGCCCGCCCCAAACUGGGGGAGAGGGAGGUGACGCUGGCGCACGUGACCGACUGGAUCGAGAAGAAGCUGGACCAGGAGUUUCGGAAAGUAUUCGUCAUGCCAAACAUGGACGACGUUUGGCUGCCCAUAAUGCACUCCGCCACGGACACGCGCUCCAACGCCGCCGCCAUGACAGCCGCCGUCGCCACGGCGAAGGACCCGUGCCCGGCGGACGCCGAGGGCGUGGCCCCCGGUGAAAAUGUGAAAGGCCUGCAGUUUACAGUAUUAAAGGAGGGAGAACCGAUGUGAGGGGAGCCGGUUGGGGGUCAAAGGUCGGACCAACCAGCAAACAACCAAAACCGUGCCACAUUCCUCCCACACACGUGGUCUGCUGGGGCCAGGAGUCUUUUGCGCUCCCCCCCCACCCCCUUUUUUGUGUUCAGUUCUCCGCGGGGGUACAAGGCUGAGGGUACCCCUACCCCCCCCGCCCGCCAUGAAGUUCAUAAGAAGAAAUGAAGCCAUUUGCUGCUCUUCCGUAGCCUAUUUUUACGUGUGACAAACGGACUGUGGAAGAAGGCGUGUCCUGUCGUUUUCGUUAAUGAAGGGGAACAAAACGAAAGCUCAGCUCUACCGCGGAAGGGGGAGAGAUGGCGGCUGUGGAACUACCCGCUGACGUAUUGCCCUGCCGCCCGACCUUCUGCGCGCAGCGGGAGAGAGAGAGAACGCACACAGGUGAAAACCUGGAGAAGAGAGAGGGCAGGACGUGGGCUGCCGAGUUCUGGUUCUGGUUCUGGGUGAACUGGGAUUCGGGAGUUUUGACUUUCGCUUCCAAGGGGCUGGUUUUCAGUGCUGCUGUUUGAGCUGCACUGAACGCCUCGGGACGAAAAUCACUGCUGUGAAAGUAUGUGCCGUCCGUGAUGCUGGGCAGCGCCCUCUGCCUGUCCACAGCGGUACUGCACGAACAGUGGGCAACCCACAACCUCACGCUCUGAAACGCACUGCAAAGGGAGGUGCCAGAACUUCGAACUUUCUUGCGCCCUGUCUACAUGCAUUGUGUUGUGUGUGUGUGAGAGAGAGAGAGAAAGACGUCUUGUUUUAGCGACUAAUGCACAUUUGCUUUAAGAAGCAGACCUGCCUGUCACUGCCCGCGCCCCCCCACCCCCAUACAAUGUGCUGCCUGUGUCACCCAUCACUACCCCCAUCCCCCCCCAAAAAAAGCUUUGUCCUCCCCCAACCCUGAAAACCCAUUCACUAAGGAGCCAUAACCAGGGGUGUGUGCAGUGAUGCUUUGAGGACUGUGUUCAGUUUCCACCUUAAAUGAGGACGCACUGUACACUAAGUAAACUAGAGGCAGAAAUCCUGUGUGUGGAUCGUACAAGCUUUGUAUGGUGAAAUUAUGUAUAUGGGGCCUUUUUAAAAAAAAAAAAAAAAAGAUGAAUGUACGAAAUAUUCUUUGUCAGUUAAAAAUGUUUGAUUUCUCUGAAAGAAAGCAUUAAUCAGCAGUAUGGAUUACAUGGGGGGGGGGGGGAGUGACGGGGGUAUUAUCGAUUUGAGAUGGUUUUUUUUUUUUGUAAAACGGUUUAUAUAGAAGUGAAGUGACAGUCGGGAGUGGCUACAGCUGUCCCACACUGUAGUUAAUUUAAGUCUAGCCUCGCUUGUUGGGCUGAUAGCCAAGGCUUGCUCAGAGACUGAGCGUCUGAAGUAAAACCUCAUCUUCAGGAGAACCCUCACCCCCUCAACAGUAUAUUAAUGUUUCAUAUGGAAUAAGUACAUAAUAAAUAUUUCAGCGGCCCGGGUCUUUGGAAGAGCCAUAACCAUGAGAUGUUAGCCAUACUAUGCAGCAGCCUCUGCCAGGAGACACACAGUAAUGGCAAUACAUGCUUUUGUGAUGUUUUUAGUUUUUUUUUUUUUUUUUAACUACGCCAAGUCAUUCCUGUCACUCAGAGCAUCGAACAGUGAUUAUUCUGCAUGGAAACAGAGUGUAAAGACACUAGCGAACGGCUCUGGCAAACUGACAUAUAAGGUAUCUGUGUUUUAUACUGGAGAUACUGGGUGAAAUUAUUUAUUUUGCCAAGUUAAAUUCACAUGUAUGCACUGUUGUUGUCCUUCUUGUUUACAGGUUGUUUAGAGUAUGAUACGUUUCUUGUGUAAAAUGUAUUUCUUUUGUAAUGGCAAAAAAAAAUAAUAAUAAUCAAAGAAACAGCGAUGUGCUAUUGGCACCUGUGCCUUUAAAACAAACACUAGCUCCUCCCCUCGAAAACGACUGGGAUUCCACACAUACAUUAAUUUUUAAAAAGUGGCUCUCACUUUAAAUAAAUCUCUGCCUUUUUGAACGAGUUUGAAGAAAGAAAGAAUGGAGAAAAAAAAACAAGAAUACAACGUUAAUCUAACUUUUUGGAUUGUUCUAGGUUUAUUUAAAUUAGUUUUUGCCACAGUAUCAUCAUCUGUGUUCUUCAAUGGACAGUCAAGAUUCUCCCCUGGUCACUUGUGAGAAUACUCUUCCUCAUUUAAGAAGUCAUGUUUUUCAUACAAGCACCUGUUUCUUUCUAUAAAAUAAUAAUUCAUAAUAAUAAUAAAAUUAAAAAGCCACUUUCACAGCAAGCCUGUGGAAAUGAUUAAAGGGAGGGCAUGCAUCAAGCCUCAGACUUAUUUUACGGGAUAGGCCUGCUGCAAUGUCCUGCACAUGGAGUGUGCUCCAGCACUGCAAUAUUAAUGAAGAAAAGGCUGAUGGGACUUGUAGUGUAUAACCGUAAUUAUGGGCAGGAUCUCAAACUACAGUACAGGCAGGCAUAUGUGAAGCUUUGAAUCAAGGCUGCUCAAUCCUGUUCCUGGGAAUAUGCCCUGUAGGUUUGGAUUCCAACCCUAACAAAAGUGCACCUCAUUCAACCGCUGGAGAUUUCAUUGAGCUGAUAAUUAAGCGUUCCAAAUUAAGGAGAGUUGAAACCUGCAGGGGGCGGUAGAUCUCCAGGAACAGGACUGGGCGGCUCUGCUUUAAGUGAAUCAUCAGUGGAUUCAUUUAGAGGCCCAUCUGAUGGUGUGACUGUACACACAGGCCUGUGUGGAAGCUCACAGACCCUGUUCACUUUCCUGUGGUAAUGCCUUCAUUUUACUGGAAUUGUAUUAAUUCAUAUAUAUAUAUACACACACACACACACAAUUAUUGCCAUAUUGUUGAUUUAUCUGUUCACCAUACAAGCCUUGUUGAGAUUUUAAAAAUUGUUUUCGAAGUUAUGAUGCAGAGGAAGCCUUUUAAUACUCUAUCAUUUGUAAGUGAUAAAAUGGUGCGAAACCUGUGUCGUGUCAACGUAAUACCCCUCUUUUGUGUGCAAUAACUACAAGCAGUCAGGACGACAAAAUGCACUAUGUUCAGCAGUAUAGGGAAUAUUGUAUGAAGGUCGACUUAUGAGGAAUAAAGGUUUUGCGGUUUGAAUAAAUCACGUUCUCCCCUUAUGA